CGCGGUUAAUCCAAUUUCCAGCGAGUGAGUCUUGCACUUUUCCUCUUCGUCACAGUCAGAGAGCAGAGAAAAGAGAAAAGAAACCUCUAGAACCCACGCAUAAGCGAACAAAACGGCGCUCGAAAAUGGCGGAAGACAGUGAGACACUCGCGAAAGACGAUAAGGAAGUAGAAGAAAAGCCUCAACAAGAUAUCGAGUCGCAGAUUAACACCGCCAUGCGUGCCCGAAUCGCUCACUUCAAGGAACAAUCCGAUUCGUUGACUUUUGAGGGGGUCCGAAGGCUGUUGGAGAAGGACUUGGGGUUGGAGACAUUCACAUUGGACGUGCACAAGAGAUUCAUCAAGCAGCUUUUGCAGGAGUUGUUAGAAUCCAACGAGGGUGAUGACUCAAAGAAUCAUGAGGAGAGUGAGGAAAAAAGAGAUAAUGUGGGGACUGGCAGAAAAGGUGAAGCAAGAGAAGAACAAGAGGAGUCACCUGGAGGUCCUCAGCAAAACUCACCUGUAUUAGGCCUUUUGACAGGGCAAAAAACAACCAAAGUUGAGACUGAGGGAUCCAAAGGAGUCAAUGAGAAAAAUGCUCCGACUAAGGGAACAAUAGAAGCAGCCGUCACGAAAAGAGCUCAGUAUCUUAAAGAUAAGUCCGAGCAACUUACUCUUGCUGGACUUCGCCGGCUUUUGGAGAAGGAUCUUGAACUUGAAAUGUAUUCUCUCGAUCCCUUUAAGAAGUUCAUAAAUCAACAAGUAGAUGAGGUACUAAAUUCCGCAGAAGAGUCUAAACCAGCCAAGAGUGCCAAGAAAAAUACUCAAAGAAAAGUGGCUAAAAAGGUGAGUAAUAAGGGGAGUUCUGAUUCUACAGAGAGAGAGAGUGAUGAGGAUGAGGAUGUAGAUGCAGAUGAAGAUGAAGUCAAGCCUAAAAAGAAAUUUGGAAGAAAGGGAAAGGACAAUAACGAGCCUAAGAAAAGGAAAAGACCUACAAAGGAUACCAACAUUUCUGGCAAGAAGAGAAUCAAAGCUGCAGAAACAUUGAAAGAGAGAAAUAGUGAUGCAGAUGACAAUGGAAAUGAGUCUGAAGAUGGUGAUUCGCAAUCUUCUACUGAAAAAUCCAAGAAGAAGAACGUGGUUUCAGCUCCUGCAUACGGAAAACAUGUGGAACAUUUGAAAACGGUUAUCAAAGCGUGUGGGUUGAGUGUUCCUCCCUCAGUUUACAAGAAAGUCAAGCAGGUUCCUGAAAACAAACGGGAAUCACAACUUAUAAAGGAGUUAGAGGAGAUCCUUUCUAAAGAAGGAUUAUCUGCAAAGCCCUCUGAAAAAGAAAUCAAGGAAGUUAGGAAGAAAAAAGAAAGAGCAAAGGAACUCGAGGGCAUUGACACGGGCAAUAUUGUGUCUAGUACACGUAGGAGGUCAACAACAAGUUUUGUAGCUCCUCCAAAGCCUAAAAUGCCAGUUGAAAAUGAUAGUGAAAAUACUGAUGACGAUGACGAUGACGAUGACGACGAUGACCAUGACGACGACGACCAUGACGAGGACAAUGAUAAUGGUAAUAGUGAUGACAACCAGAGUGAAGAGUCUAAUGCAGAUGAUGAUGAUGAUGAUGAGAACAGUGAUUGAAUGCAUUAACAGACUCCAAAGAUUACUACGUAGGAGGGUUGCAGAUUGAUCGCGAUAGUGUACCAUGAGUUUCGGUUUCCUUUCUGUAUUAUUUUUUCAUUUUCUAAAUUUGCAUUUGGGUGUAGGAACAGAUGGCAUAGAAUUUUCUUUGGGCAGUACAUCUUUCUCAAUGUAGGUCUUAAUGGUUAUAUCUCGCGGCAGGGUAGUAAUAUUUAUCUACACUUGUUUGUUUCUGUUACAUUUAAUUCAAGAUUUAAGAUGUGAUGAAAUGCAUUUGGUA